UAGUCUCUUAUCAAGCAAUUGGAUUUUUUUUAUAAAUACUUGGCAAAGUUUGUACUCUGAACGUCCAUAUUUAUUCAUACAAUGAUGAAAAGCCCUCAAAAAACCGUAGAGUCUCGAAAAAAAAUGAAUUUAAAGCUACUGAGUUAUUCUAACCGAGUGAUGCAGCAAGUAAACAAUUUGGUUAUCAAAAGCCUAAAAUUCUUAUAAUCUCUUGCAACUAAACGCCUAGAACUGCGUCAGAAGAACACGAGGAACCGACGCUGACUGGGGAAAUUAGAGACGGGCCAUGGAUCUCCUCAAGGAAGCCAGGAAUGUCGUCGACUUCGCUACCUACUAUCCACUGCUGAACAAGGCAACUAUUGACAACGAUACCCCGACUCCAGGAUACCUCUUCGAAGAUAUCAUCAAGUUGAGCCAUCAAUCUCAAGGUCACAGGCACCACUUGGUAGAUUUCCUGAUAGCUCGUCUCCAGAUAUCGUCUUGGCCUGGGAAGCAGAAGGUGGUAAGAAUACUACACCAGAUAUGCUCGAGAGGCCACCGAGGUGUGCGGGUGUAUCUCAGAGGCAAGGAUGGAGAUCUCAGAAAAGCGGCAGCCUCUGGGGGGCCCCCGGAUCCAGUCCUGGCCAAUACGCCGCAGCUCUUUCUGAGCUCUGCUAUACAAGAACUUCUUACUCUUUUGUUUGACCCGAAAAUCAUGAAAGAAGAUGAACUAUGGCUAGCAGGAAACGAAAAUGUAAAUGAAUACGUCGCUGGGGGAGAGAAGCCUUCUGUGCCUCAAGGUUAUGGUUCGUCUGCUGUCUCGGGCAAAUAUGAAGGGUUCGGAAGCUCUCCUGUUAAACAGGGCGACAGUUUGGUUACGCAGGUGCGUGGCAUGGUCGAGCGAGUGAUAACGCAUACUGGUGAGUCGAAAGGAGUCAGUGUUGAUUUUCUGCAAGGAGAGAAGGGCGACUAUCAACCCAUCUUCCUCCCUUCCCUCGGAGCAUCCGUUCCUUCACCACAGCAGCCUUUACAUCAGUCCCACCUCCCGGGACUCACAUCUGGGCAGUUACGUAAGUUUAAGGCCCACAGAUCUGGACGAGCAGGUGGCGGUUGGGAUAGUGAUGAGGAAGGCCAAGAUACUCCGCCUUCUCCCCUCAGCUCCAACGUAGACUUUUCUUUGCCGCUUCCUGAACAGCAUUCUACAGAGGAAAUAGUAGCAGGAGCAGCAGAAGAAGAAUACAUAAUGAAGAUUCUAUAUUCAGCAUCAUGGCCUGCGGAUCCAGAUCGGCUUAUUAUAUCCUGUCGCGAGAGUGCUUCCUUUGACUUAAAUGUGUUUUUUGAGAAGGUAACAGCCAAGUUUGCAGAACUAUGUGAUGUAGGGACAAGGAGCUCAGAUUCAGCAGAAGAUAAACCAAGAGAUAUAGAUACACCAACUCAGAGUACAGAUAUUACAUCAUCAUGUGAACCUGAUAAAGUAACAGUUCAAUUAUUGAUGUUACUUCUACUUAUUGAAUUUGGGAUACACUAUGAUAUCUAUUCACCAAAUAUAGCAAAUACCCAUUUACGAAAAACCUUCCAAACAAUUUCUACAAGUAAGAAUCUAGACUCAAGAGUUCAAAUCAAAGCAAAGAAACUUCGCCUGAUUCUUGAAAAACUUCAAUGAUUAGUAUAAGUAGAAAUUGUGAUUUUUUUGUAUAUUGAGUGCACAUAUACGUUUUUCCUCUCUUUUCAUAGCUAGGUCAGAGUUCUCGGAGCACUGUGUGGAAGCUUAAGAGAGAGGAUUCAGGUAGAAGCAUAGCCAAUAUAUUUUGAAGAGAAUCUUUUAUACGGUAUUUAAAUUUGAUCUCCUUUGAUUAGGAUGUGCUUUCAAAGCUGGUGUUAAUCACAAGAUGAAGUCCUAGUUUAAGAUAUUGUAAUUAUUUAUGAUUCUGAGUGAUGACACAGCAUUCCUAGAGUUGGAAGUAAUGAUUGCGCGCUCUCGCUCUCUCUCUCUCUCUCUCUCUCUCUCUCUCUCUCUCUCUCUCUCUCUCUCUCU